UCUAGAAAGCUUAAGUCAUGCUUUUGUUUUUCCAAUUUGCUGCAUAUUGAAGAGGAAGAACGGAGAACAGAGACCCACAGCUGUCGCCGCCGCCGCCAAAGCCCGUCGCCGUUUGCUCUCUCCGAGGCCCCGUCGCCGCCACCUCUUGCCGCUGAGCGUCUCACCGCCGGCUUCAAAAACGAAGAGACCUGCCGCUGAAGCCUCUCGCAACCGUCUAUCGGAGCCGCCCUCUCUGCCGCCUCUUGCCGCUGCCCUCUCUGAAGUCGGCCGCUGCAGGGCCUUCGCCUACCACCACCGCCCACCGCUGCAUCCUCCUCUCUGCCGCCUCUCUCCACGGUCGCACAGCCCCUCCCUCUGUAUUGCCGCCGCCACACAACCCCUCCUUUUCCACCGGUGUCGCACAGCCCCUCUCUCUCUGGAAAUGGCCUCAUCUGUGGAAGAGGAAUCACUGCAAACUGUUGCAUUCAUGGAGCUUGCAUUGCAACAGGCAAAGCUUGCGAUGGACAGCCUUGAAGUUCCUGUUGGUUGUGUGAUUGUCGAGGAUGGGGAGGUCAUUGCUUCAGGAAGAAAUCGGACCACAGAGACAAGAAAUGCUACAAGACAUGCUGAGCUUGAAGCUAUUGAUGUGCUUCUUGAGCAGUGGAAGAUAAAUGGACUUCCAGAGGCAGAAGUUGCCAAAAGAUUUUCAAGAUGCACUCUUUAUGUUACAUGUGAACCAUGCAUUAUGUGUGCUGCUGCCUUAUCAAUUCUGGGUAUAGAGGAAAUCUAUUAUGGUUGCGCUAAUGAAAAAUUUGGAGGUUGUGGAUCAAUAUUGUCGCUACACACAAGUAUCUCUGAGCCUUGUAUGAGUGGUAGAGUACCAUGUCAGAAGGGCUUUAAAUGCACAGGAGGAAUAAUGGCCUCAGAAGCAGUAUCUCUGUUGCGAAAAUUCUAUGAGCAAGGGAACCCCAACGCUCCAAAGCCUCAUAGGCCACCAAUCCAGAGGGUACAAGACUAAAUUACUCCUGCUUAACUCUGUUCCCCUUCCUUUAAAAGAGACUAGGUCUCAAUCUUCUGCUACGUUGACAUUGUGGAGAUGCUGGAAUGCACUGCAGCAAGGGAAAUAAGAUCAUAUCAAUUUGUCUUAUAUGGUAUGGAGUGCAGCCAGUUCAGAUUCUCAUCAAUUCCCUUGUUCAAUAGCCAAUUUCAUGCUCCUGUGUCCAAGAACGCAGCAAUAGGAGACAGAUAUUUGUAUUUUAUCUUUACCCAUCUAAUUGUUGGAGACAACAGAAGUAUAGUGGACAAAAGGAUCUGAAAAUUAAGGGAAUGAGAGGUAGAGCUGUGGCUCCUAUUCUAAUAAUUUCUAUUCUUUC